UCAAAAUUCAAAGUUUUAACAGUGAAUUUCAACACUGCACAGAAAAGAUGUAUUAUUUCAUUCUAUUAUUCGGCAUUCUUUUUGUGUCCUUGACUCAAUCGUUUAAUGUCGAUGAUGACUAUGAGGUGGUGCCAAUUCGUUACAAAAGACAAGCGAACAACGGAUUAAUAAUUCAAAUGCAGAGAAAACGUCAACGGCUUCAAUUUUAUUUGUAUUCUACUGAAGGUUUAUUAGCAGGAACAAAAACGAAAAUUUAUACUGCCGAGAAUGCAAAGAACGGAGUACAUUUUACACUAAUACCGAUGAAUCAAUUAAAUUUACAAUUUUAUCAAGAUCGACGUAGUCAGUCAUCAGUUACACAGAGUGUCGAUAAAAAUGGCAAAACCAAAUUUACUGGACACAUCAAUAACAACAUAAUUUUACGUCCCAUGCCCAAUCAUAUUCGCCAACGUCGCGAUCUGUUGAAUAGAAAUUCAUCAUUUUUUGAAACUGAUGCUGAAGGUUUCAUAAAUACUGAUGAUCAUAUAAUUUAUGAAAAAUCUUUUAAUGAUUCUAGCCCACAUUCUUCUCCUAACGUGUUCGAUGAUAAAUUUAUGAAAAUUAAGAGUGUGAACCGAAGGGAUGUAUCAAAAACACCAAAUAUAGUCUAUCCAGAAAUUUUGGUUUAUGUUGACGAAAUACUUUUCAAAAAAUUUAAUUAUAAUGUGCAGAAAGCGGUUGAAUAUACAUUAAGUUACUGGAAUGGAGUUGAUUUAAGAUACAGACAAUUUCAAAAUCCAAAGAUUCGCCUCUAUGUUACCGGAAUAGUAUUAAUUAAGAAUGCACUACCAUUUACUACGCCAGCUUUAUGUAACAACGGAAUGUAUGAGGCAGAAUUAAUUUUAGACAAAUUUGGUAAAUUUUUAUAUCACGACAAUAUCAUUCAACGAAUCAAGGAUUAUGAUAUAUCCAUGUAUAUGACUGGAAGAAAAAUUUAUUCAAAGAGGGAACAUAGAGAUACUAAAGGUGUGUCAAAUUUAGCAAAACCAUGUUAUGAGAGGCUUGAAAAAUACUAUUCUGCUGCAGUAAUUUUCGAUGAUAAUAGUUAUAAAUCCAUUAUAUCUAGUUCUCACGAAUUAGGUCACAUGUAAGAACCACAUAUUUUUUUUCAUUUAUUUUACCGAUGAUGAUU